AGCCUGAUAAUGAGCCUUUCAUUUGAUGCAGGUGAGCUGGAGCAGGGAACCGUCCAAAACAUGCUGCACAGGGGGAGCUCAGGACUGAGUGCAUCUUCACUGCAUUACAGGGAACAGCCCAAAGUUGUCUCAAUGUCAUUGGAUCAGGACGCCUGCUACCUGUGUAAGGAGGACCUCAGGGAUCCCGUGUCCAUCCCUUGCGGCCACAUCUUCUGCUCCGUUUGCCUGAAGACAUACUGGGACCAUGCUGACCACACGGGCUCGUACAGCUGCCCACAGUGCAGGGUCUCCUACAGCAAGAGGCCCACCCCGAGGCGCAUUGGAAGCUCCCGGCAGUCCACGCUGCCGCAGCGUAGCAGCGAAAGGGAAUCCUUCCCGCCUCCACCUCCGUCCCCCGACUACAACUACGCAGGACCCCAGGACGUAGGCUGUGACAUCUGCAUCGGCAAGAAGCACAAAGCCGUCAAGACCUGCCUGAUGUGCCUGGCCUCCUACUGCGACAAGCAUCUCAAGCCCCAUUUUGAGUCUGCCACUUUUAAAAGGCACAAGCUGGUGGACGAGAUCGGCCACCUGGACAGACAGAUCUGUCCCCAGCAUCAGAAAGGCCUGGAGCUGUUCUGCCGGACUGACCAGAUGUGCAUCUGUGUGCUCUGCACAGUGAAGGAACACAAAGGUCACGACAUGGUGUCUGCUGAGCAGGAGAGGGCGGAAGAGCAGCAACGGCUGGGCGCCACCCAGGCUGAGAUCCAGGAGAAGAUUCAUGACCGACUCAAGCAGAUGGAAGAACUAAAACAAGCUGUGGACUCGCUCAAGAACUCGGCCCAUAGAGCCCUACAGGAGUGCGAGAAGAUGUUCAGUGACAUGAUGCGCUCCAUCGAGAGAAUGCAGCAGGAGAUGUCCAAGCUGAUUGCCUCCAACAAGAGGGCAGCACUCAACAACGCGGAGGGCCACAUGGAGCGACUGAGCCACGAGAUCGCUGACCUGAAGAGGAGAGACAACGAGAUCACCCAGCUGUCCCGUACGGAGGACCACAUCCACUUCAUCCAGAGCUACCACAUGCUGAUAGCACAGACGGAGGCUGAGGAGCUGCCUACAGUGACCGUCAACCCCUACUUCACCUUCGGUCCGGUCACUAAGGCCGUCUCUGAGAUGAAACAGCACCUGAACGAAUUCAGCAAUGAUGAGCUGGUUAAGGUAGCCAAGGCAGUUAACAAGAUGACCUUCUGCCAACUGGAUGAAUCUAAAAAGAGACGGUCUGUGAAAAGUGACGAAGCUCCCAUGUACAAGACCGUACCAGUCCACGAACCUCAGUACAGGGAGGAUUUCCUGAAAUAUGCUACCCCGCUCACUCUGGACCCGAACACGGCCUACAGGCAGCUCUACUUGUCUCGAGGAAACAGGAAAGCUGCCCUCAAGAGAGACCCCCAGUCAUACGGUGACCACCCUGCCCGAUUUGACUCCCUGCCUCAGGUCCUGUGUGUGGAGCCGCUCUCUGGAGGAGCUUACUACUGGGAGGUUGACUGGAGCGGGGAGGGGGCAGCCCUCGGCGUCACCUACAAAGGCAUCAAGAGGACGGGCUACGGAGACAGCUGCCGCAUCGGCUACAACCGCAAGUCCUGGAGCCUUUUCUGCUCCGAUUCCAGCUACUCAGCCCGCCACAACAAAGACCAGGUCGAGGUCAACGCGCCCUACUCGUCACGUGUAGGGGUGUUCCUGGACCACGCCGGGGGGACUCUCUCUUUCUACACUGUGGGGGACAAAAUGUCUCUCAUCCACCGCUUCAAGGCCUCCUUUAGUGAGCCCGUCUAUCCAGGCUUCUGGGUUUGGUACGAGUCGGCCAUCAACCUCCUCCAGCUGUGAUGAAAUAACAAUGAUCCACAUACUACUGUGAUUUGGAUUUACAGAAGCAUAGCUAUUUUCUGAUAUUAUUACUUUUAAGACUGUAUAUAUGUUUUUUUUUUUUUUUGUUAAGGCUGUAUCAGGGGAAGUUUUCUUGAUGGCUGUGAAUGUCUUGCCAAUUAACGUGUGAAAUGUAAGAUCAGGUAUAUAAAGUGAACGUGCAUUUAAAUUAUCAUUUUGAAUAAUGAAAGCUGUACAUUGAAAUGUCAUGUAACCGUUUAUAUAGAUUAUGAUACACUUAUUUUAUCAAUAAACAUUUUAUGAAAAGGACAAUAAUAAACG